UAGAGGUGAAUUGCCGACUGAGGAAUAAGAUGCCUCGCUCAACAACGAACCCAAGAAUCGCAACCAAACCACAGACCAACCUCCGAUCAAAAUCCGGUCAAUCCUUCGAUCAAAACGCCGAAGAACGCAGAAACAAAUCUAUCACCAAUUUUCAGAUUCUUGCAAUUAACAUGAAAUUGCUCAAAAAUCUUCAAGAAACCCUAUAAUUUGGGGAAAAACUCAAGAAUCAAAAAUCAUUUAACACCAAAAACUAUUAAUUAGACCACCUCAAAAGGAGAAAGGUUAACAACACGAUCCGACGAGCUUUACCUACGGCAGAUGAAAUCCUUGCAAUUCGACGGCGAAUUAGGCUCGCCGGUGACCAGAGAGAGGAGAUCGGCCGCCGAGAGGAGGAAGAACAGGGGAGAGGAGAGAGAAAUAGUAGAAGAUGAUUUUUUUGUAGUUUAUGUCCUUCACUAUGGGUAAAAUGGUAAAACAUAGCUAACGGAGGACUAACGUCCGUUAAGUCUAAGUGUAUUUGGUGAACAAUAUGGAUAAAUAGGGGUAUAUUAUGUGAUUCGAAACACGCGAGGGUAUUUGAUGCAUUAUUGCAAACCUCAUGGGCAUUUCAUGAAAAAACCGAUUAUAAUAACGUCCACUAUUAUUAGAGACUUGAAUAAGAACUCAACCCCAUAUGCCCUGUAAGUCGGGAGCUGAUACAGUUACACUGGGUGUAACUGGGGCCCAGGUACACUGCAAGCUUGUUGGUCCAAGUAGGCAAAGAGGAAUUCAGUUUUAGGGGGAAAAGCAAUUGGUUUUAGGGGGAAAAUUUUUCACUGAUUGCGCCAUUUAGGGAUGCUAAGCGGGAAAUAAUGCGCCCUUUGCUUCCCCUAAUUUUAUCCCGCCCAUAUAUCAAAGUAAUUAAAAAAAAAAAAAACCAUAAUAUACCAAUUUCAAAAACCCAACGGUAAGAUUUUAAUACCCUAAAUCACUCUUAAAAAAAAUUAGGCAAAGCUGGACUCAUGUUAUCUAGCUUGCCACAAAUAAAAACACAAAGGAGAGUUUUUAGCAGAACUGUAGAACUGCUACAUGGUGAUUCAGCUUCGAAAUUCAGCUUCGAGAUCCCGCAUCGAAGAUAAUUGAUAUACGUGGGAGUUCUGUAUGGCUUGGGUAGACCUAAACGAAAGUGUCCCUGAUCUGAAUGAAAAUGUUCCUGAAAGCUCACAAUAUAGAUUAAUAACUGAUGGACAAGAAGUUAUCGUUAACCCCCCUAGUGUAGGGAUGUGUUUUACAACGGGCCAUGAGUUUUUCGAAUUUUGUCAGUUGUAUGCCUUCAAAGAAGGAUUUGAGAUGUUUAUCAAAAGUAAUAAGCUGAAAAAAGAGUACAAAGAAAGCGGAGUAUCUAAGUCUGGUGUGGGAAAGUAUGAGGCAAAGCCUCAUAUGAUGGAACUUAUUAGAUUAAAAUGCAAGAAGGGAGGGGUGAAAAAAGGUGUUGGGUCUAAUGUGACCGGUUGUAAGAUGAAUAUUUACGGUGUAAGUAGAGAUGGGCUAUUUACUAUAUUGACUUGUGACUUGCAACACAAUCAUCCUUUAAAUCCUGACUGUAGUAGACUGAUGGUUAAUUAUAGAUGUAUAGACGGUACUACAUUUAAGAGGGCGAUGAUCAAUGACAUGGGUGGUGUUAGCAUAAGUAAGAACUUUGGUACGCAUCUAAUUGAAAAGGGAGGUUAUGAAAAUAUUACAUUUAAUAAUAGAGACUUGAGGAACGCAAUCAACGUCGAACGUCGUUCAUCAAGAUUUAGUGCUGCGGAUGCCGCAGGACUCGAUGCUUACUUUAAGGCACAACGUGAUUUGCAUCCCGAGUUUUAUAGCUCAAUACAAGUAGAUGAUGAUGGUGUUUUUACGAAUGCAUUUUGGUCGGAUGCACGUAGUAGGGGUACAUGCAAAUAUUUUGGGGAUGUUAUUACUUUUGAUACUACUUUCGCAUGCAACCGGUAUCGGAUUCCAUUUGCUCCAUUCAUUGGUGUAAACCAUCAUGGCAAAUCAAUUAUAUUUGCUACGGCCUUAAUUUCCCAUGAAAAUACUCCCUCAUUUGUUUGGGUAUUUGAAGAAUUCCUGAAGUGUAUGGGGAAGGCACCACUAGGCAUCUUAACCGACCAAGACAAAGCAAUUUGUAGAGCAAUUGAGCUAGUCUUCCCGGGCGUCCGUCACAGACUAUGUUUGUGGCACAUGCUCCAGAAUGCUAGUAAGAACCUAGGUAGUCUCAGUGAUUGGAAGAAAAUAGACACCCUGAUCAGAACUGCAAUACAUGAUCUGAUUGAUCCAGAUGAGUUCGAUGAAGCUUGGUGUCAUGUGAUGGAUGAGUACGGUUUAAGGGGUCCUGGGUGGAUGAAGGACGCGUAUGAUAACAGGCGUCAGUGGGCUCCGGCAUAUAAUAGAGGAAAGUUUUGGGCAGGUAUGUCUUCUACACAAAGGAGUGAGGGUAUGAAUAGAUUUUUUAAAACUCACGAAGAGAAACAGGAUAAUUUUGAUAACAUUGAUAAGCCUGCUAAGAUUGAUGUUGAUAAGAGUGUUUUAGUUGAGUAUGUAUUGGUUAAGACGUACACUAGUGAGAAGUUUGCUGAGGUUGUUAAAGAGCGUAGAGGAUUGACACACACAAAUGUCACGAAAACCUCAUGUCAUGGAUCAGUGGUGUUGUAUAGAGCUGAUGAAAAACUAACCUCACCGUUUUGGCGGAAAAGGUUUAAAAGUUUUGAUGUUAGGGUGGAUAAGGAAAAUGACAUAUAA